AUGAGAUCUCACGCGUUGCUCGCAUUGGUCUUGUGCCUCUUUGCAGCAUUCGCAGCUGCCUGGACUAAAGAGGACCACGAAAUCUUCCGCAUCCGUGACGAAGUUGCUAAAGCAGACGGCGCCAAUGUCACCUUCUACGAUCUCCUCGGUGUCAAGCCCAGCGCGUCUCAAGACCAAUUGACUCAAGCCCUCCGCAAGAAGUCGCGCGAACUUCACCCUGACAAGGCCCGCAAGGUCUUUGUUGCCAACUAUGCCAAGAACAACAACAAGAAGGGAAAGCCAUCCAACAAGGAGAUUGAGGCACACUUGAAGAAGGUCACCGCCUCCUACCAGCGUCUCUCGGUUGUUGGAAAGAUGCUCAAGGGCCCCGAGCGCGAGCGUUAUGACCAUUUCUUAAGGAACGGAUUCCCAGCAUGGAGGGGCUCUGGCUACUACUACGAGCGCUUCCGUCCUGGCCUCGGCUCAGUUAUCGUCGGUCUACUCGCUGUUUUCGGUGGAGGCUUCCACUACUUUGCUCUAUUGAUGUCAUGGAAGCGCCGCAGGGAGUUUGCGGAGAGAUACAUUCGCCAGGCACGCAAGACUGCUUGGGGUGAUGAGAGUGGUCUUCAGGGCAUCCCUAGAGUCGAUGACACCGCCGCACCUGUAAACGCCGAACAGUUCGAGAAGGAUUCGCCCGAGGAUACACCAGAGGAGCUAGGCCCACGCAACCGUAGGGAGAGGCGCGCUAUGGAGAAGGAUGCUCGCAAGCCCAAGAAGGCGCAAGCUGUCAAGAAGGCGCGUGCCGAUGGUAUCAGCACCCCGGUUGAGGCAGAGGUAAUCUCUGGUCCUCAGGGAGCCAAGAAGCGCAUCGUCGCCGAGAAUGGCAAGGUCUUGGUCGUCGACUCCGUUGGCAAUGUCUUCUUGGAGAUUGAGAACGAGGAUGGAAUGAAGGGCGAAUAUCUGGUCGACCCCGAUGAGGAGCCCAAGCCUACUAUCUACGACACCCUCCUGUUUAAGCUACCCAAAUUUGCCUACAACCAAUCAGUUGGGCGCGUCCUCGGAAAGAAAGAGAUGAUCGACGAGCCAUUGCUCGAGACCUCCAACCUCACCGAAGAGGAGGCCGCCAUCCAGAACGCUACCGCAUCCAACCUCAACGGCGAGGCGAGAAAACGCAAGGCCAUGGCCAAGAAGGCAAGGUAG